UUAAAGUAUGACAGCUUUUGGUGGAUAUCAAAAUUUGCUACUUUGGAUUUGUCACGUUCUUUGUUACUUUCCUUAUCAUCAUUGUCUCUAACCAUCAAGCAUUCUACACAAUUCCCAUUACAUCGUUUUGCGAUAAUUGUGACAGGUUAGUUUGCGUCGUGUACUUGGCGCAAAUUUAUUUGAGUUUUUCACAUGAUGUAACGGGUGGUUGUGCAAUUGUUGUCACGUGAUCUAACAAUAACAGUGCCAACAACUUGUGGAUUUAAUAUAAUUCAAUUAAAAGCCACAGAUUUCUAUACAUGACAUGUAUAUAUGACCAGGUCAUAGAGACAAUGUACAAUAUGUAUUUAUGUACAUAUGUGGGUCUAUUUCAAUUUGUAGACAAAUUCAGAUAGAUACAUACAUAUUACUGUAACGUUGAAAAUCCAUAAAUUUUGAAAUGUACAUCUGAAACGCACCAAUCGUAUAACGAUGAAGCUUGGAAACAAGAGAUUAAAACAACUUUAAGUUAAAUUACCGUCUAGUUUAUAAAUUGAUUAAUAUUAAACAUUUUACACAGAUUAUGGUAUUAAUACCGUUAUAAUAUGCGAAUACUUUAAUUCAAUAAAUAUAUUCUCACAUCGAAUUUUGAAAAAUUAAUUAAAAUCGUAGAAAUAGAGUAUUUGAUGCAUCUUCAGUGGAUUCCCGUAUGCGUAUAGGUAUGCACAUGCACUAUAGUGUACGUAUAGGUACAGAACACGUGUUUACGUACUGUGCCCAUGUGGUUCUCGCGUUUAGAAUUUAAUGUGAUUGUAUAAUAUUUGUAAUGCAAAAUGGAUAAUAAUUGUGAUUUAAUUAAAACUAUCGAAGAUGAUGAAGACGUGCCAGAUUAUUCUGAAAAUUCUGAUACAGAAGAUGAUUUUCAGCCACGAAAACAAAACCGGAAGAAAAAUAAAGAUUUCGACAGUAAUUUUCAAUUUAUAAACGAUAUUUCGGAGUAUAAUAAAGACACAUGGAAUGAUCUAAGCAAGUACAUUAAACGGAAAGUAAAGACAAAGCUCGAUGACAAAAUUAAAAAGAUUAGAAAAGAAACAGGGAAUGAAGAAGAGGAUGAAAAUUCUGUUGAAGAUUUACCUAAAACUAAUCAAGAAGAUGAUAGUGACAUUUCUUUGUCAGAAGAUGAACUUAAGAAAGAUGUGUUUAAAACCAGAGAGAGAAAAAGUAAAAAGAAGAAGGCUAUUAAAGAUGAUGAGAAAGAAACGCUUAAUUUUGAGGAGUACUCUAACUCUGAACCAUAUGCAACCUUUUACCAAAUGAAUUUAUCACGACCUUUAUUAAAGGCUAUAACAGCUAUGAAUUUUGUACAUCCAACACCUAUUCAAGCUUCCACUAUUCCAGUUGCAUUAAUGGGAAGAGAUAUAUGUGGGUGUGCUGCUACAGGUACUGGUAAAACUGCAGCUUAUAUGCUUCCAACUCUAGAAAGAUUAUUGUAUAGACCUCUAGAUGGUCCAGCUGUUUCUAGAGUUCUUGUAUUAGUACCAACAAGAGAACUUGGAGUUCAGGUAUAUCAAGUCACUAAGCAAUUGUCUCAGUUUACAACGGUCGAAGUAGGCUUGUCUGUUGGUGGUUUAGAUGUAAAAGUGCAAGAAACUGUAUUGAGAAAGAAUCCAGAUAUUGUAAUAGCUACACCUGGUAGAUUAAUUGAUCAUUUAAAAAAUACACCUACUUUUUCACUAGACAGCAUUGAAGUACUCAUACUGGAUGAAGCUGAUAGGAUGUUAGAUGAAUACUUUGCUGAACAAAUGAAGUACAUAGUAAGUCAAUGUGCAAGAACCAGACAGACUAUUUUAUUCUCUGCUACUAUGACAGAAGAAGUGAAAGAUUUAGCUGCUGUGUCAUUAGACAAGCCAGUGAAAGUAUUUGUAGAUAGUAAUCAGGAUGUUGCCUUCAACUUACGCCAGGAAUUUAUUCGAAUACGAAAAGAAAGAGAAGGAGAUCGUGAAGCAAUUUUGGCUGCUCUAAUUUGUCGUACUUUCCACGAUCAUGCCAUGGUUUUUGUACAGACAAAGAAACAAGCCCACAGAUUACACAUUCUAUUGGGAUUAUUGGGUAUAAAGGUUCAAGAACUUCAUGGCAAUCUUACACAACCGCAACGCUUAGAAAAUUUAAGAAAAUUCAAAAAUGAAGAAAUUGAUAUUUUAUUAGCAACAGAUGUUGCUGCAAGAGGUUUAGAUAUUAGUGGCGUAAAAACAGUAAUUAAUUUUGUUAUGCCAGCUACUAUGCAACAUUAUAUACAUAGAGUUGGAAGAACUGCUAGAGCUGGUCGAGUUGGAGUGUCAGUAUCAUUGGCUGGGGAACAGGAACGUUCUUUAGUUAAAGAUAUUAUUAAAAACGCUAAAAAUCCAGUAAAAAAUCGAAUAAUACCGCCAGACAUUAUUGAAAAGUACAAUAAAAAAUUACAAUCACUUGAGCCUGAUGUAGAGAAGAUAUUAGAGGAAGAAAGAAACGAAAGAGAAUUAGCUAAAAUAGAAAAUCAAACAAAUCGUGCCGAGAAAUUUCUUAAAAAUGUUAAUAAUAAAGCUGAACAAAGAAGUUGGUUCCAAACUCAAAGAGAGAGGAAAGAAGAAAAAGAAAAAUUAUCAUUAACGGAAAAAGAGCCGAAAAGCAAAACCAAUAAAAAGCAAAAUAGGGAGCCCAGGAAUAUUGUUGAAGAGAAAAAGAAGAAAGUACCCAAAGAACCAAAGAAGGAAACAGCUGAAGAUAGAGCAAGGAAUGAAUUAGACAAGAUUGCAGCAUACCAAGCGAGAUUAGCUAAAAAAAAAAGUAAACAGAAAAAGAUUCGGACGGUUAUGGAUGAUGAUAGAUCUGCAACUAAUAAGAGAGUUGGUCUAAAACGACCGAAAUCUUCAUUUGUUGCCGACUUAACGGAUACAAGUAAAAAAGCUGUAAAGAGAAUGCGUUAUGAGACAAAUGUUAAGAAAAAGCAAAGUAAAACGAAAGGUGGACAAAAAUUCAGCGGAGGAAAAAAGGACAGCAGAAAAACUUUUGGAAAACGUUAAGAUGAAUUUUUAUAUCUGUAACUACAUCUUAUUAAAUACAUACCAUUUUACUUAA